AUGUCCAUUGGCAGGGGCGUACAGCAGAACAUCACCUCCAGGAUCCAAUCACAGGGCACGAACCUGCUGUUCGUUCGGCCAAGCAACGACGGUGGGGCCGCGACCCUCACCUUACAAGAUGCCGAAGCACUCAUAGACCCCAUAUUCGCGCCAUCAGUAAAGGCUGUCGCGCCCCAGAUCAACUCGAACGCACAGAUUGUGGCAGGCAGGGAAAACACGAGCGCACAGAUCAUCGGAGUGACGUCGGGCUACGCCUCCGUUCGCAAUGUGAACGUGGAUAAAGGUCAGUUCAUAAACCCCGCGCAUGUACAGAACAACCUGGAUGCCGCCGUCAUCAGCGCGUCUGUCGCCGAGACGCUGUUCGGCACUCGGGAUCCACUCAAUGAGCGCAUACGCAUCAACGGCCGCCAAUUUUCCGUGGUCGGCGUGCUUGAAGACACAGGCGCGACAUUCUUCGGCUUCGGCAGCCAAGUCUUUGUGCCGAUCAGCACCGCUCAUCAUCGCCUGUCGCGCCAGCGCACAACGCAGGGCGAGAUCAGCGUCAAUUCAAUAGAUGUGCAGGCAGUCAGCCAGGAAGCGAUAGACGACGCCCAACUGGAAAUCGCAUCCAUCCUGCGACUGCGUCAUCACAUUACCGACGAGAACGACUUCGAGAUUGACACCCUUCAGGACCUUAUCGAGACCGUCAAUCAGGUGACGACCGUGCUUGUGCUGUUCCUCGGCACGGUCGCGGGCAUAUCGCUGCUCGUCGGCGGAAUAGGCGUUAUGAACAUCAUGCUCGUGUCCGUAACCGAGCGCACGCGCGAAAUAGGCAUCCGCAAAGCGAUGGGAGCAAAGCGCCGCGACAUCCUGUUCCAAUUCGUGACCGAGGCCGUCUUCCUGACAACAGCGGGGGGGCUCAUAGGCAUCGCCUUAUCCCUCGGCCUUUCGCCGCUGACCAAUCUGAUAGUCAGUAAUGUGGGCAAUCGCGGAGGCAACACGAUAGAAGGCCUGGUGUUUCACCCAGAUGUCGCAAUUCUCGCCUUGUCCGUAUCAGCAAUCGUCGGGUUGGUAUCCGGCAUCUAUCCUGCCCUGAGAGCCGCACGAAUGCACCCCAUAGACGCUCUGCGCUACGAAUAG